UCGCUGACCACGGAGCCAAAGAAUUCGAAGCAUUUCUGGGAGUCAAGAUUAACAAGGCAUUUUUGCAGACAUGAGCUUUUGCGCGUUUCAGCUCCUUUCCUCUGAACAAAAGCAGGCUGUUUAAGUAGGCGUGGAAACUGGAGGAAAGCUAGGCGUGGAAUAGGAGCUUCCCAAAUGCCUUGCCUAGUUGGCAUGUUAGCAAAUAAGCAUGAGAAGCGGCUCUCUUUGGAGAAUGACUGGCCUGCUAGUCCCAGACAUCUGGAGGGGGCGGGCUGCUCCCAUCCCGGGGAGGAGCAAAGGAAAUUGAAGUUGCCUCCUAUCGCCGUAUCGGCUGCUUGUUUUCCUGCGGUUUUGCUCCGGGCGCCGGAGAAGCGUCACGUGGGCUCGAUCAUUUUCUGCCUCCUGCUUCGUCAUGGUAAGUGUUUUUGCCUUGACGCUUCUCAGUGUCGCAGUUUGCUGUUAACGGAUCGAACAUGGCAGCUGGAACCCUGGAGAGCCACUGAACUUAGGUGACUCAUCACAAGGUUCUGCCUCUCACCCUUCAGCGCUCAGGCGAGGUAUACUCAAAAGAGAUUCCUCCGGGCUUUUGUAUGCAUGAUGAACCUGGUUCAAACCAUGGCGUCUCCAGUUAAAAAGACUUAUGGCGGUGCUGGGAAAGACCUUCGUGAGAUACCUCGGUGAGCUGCUGCCAGUCAGAUCCUGCAGAACUGGAGUGCAAGGACCAAAGGGAACAUACAGUCUUCUGCAGCCAAAGGUUGAGAGCUGCUGUACUCAGCAUGGAAAGAUCCCAAGAUGGCAGAAGAUAUCACAGAUAGAGCCACUGUCAACAGUGAACUGAUGACUCCUGAGAUACCUGCUGCAAGGGAAGCAGGGAAUGCUGUUUUCAUCCCAAAGUGCAUUAAAGACAAAAAAUAUACAUUAGCAGCUGUUGCCGUCAUCACAGCUUUGGUCAUUACUAUAAUCGCAUUGGCUGGAAGGAUUCGAGACUGCCAGGACCAGAGGUUUACCGAAGACUGGACUAAAUUUAUAGAGUAUUUGAAAUUUAAAAAGCCACAGCCCUGUCCGCUGUGUCCUCCCCCUGUCGAUGCUGCCUGCCCAGAUCGCUGGGUUGGGUACCUAGGGAAAUGCUAUUAUAAAUCAGAAGACAAAAGGAACUGGAGCGACAGUGAAUCUAGAUGUUCCUUCCUUGGUGCCUCUUUGGCUGUGAUUGAUACCAAGCCGGAUCUGGUAAGGAACAAGUAUGUAUCCUCACUUGUGGGCUCAUCGCCGGAAGCAAACAAG